GUAUCUGACACGGUGUGCCCGCCCGUUGCAAGCGUACGUGUGUGGUGUCUCCGUUCACGUGCCACUGACAUAAAGUUCGUGAAAAACGACACACACACACUCUCACACACACACACACACACAUACACACAAGGAGACACGUCUAUAGUACAUUAUAUUGUCCGCAUCUUGUAUCGUAAUUUAAACAACUCCCGUCUUGAUCGAUCGUGAUUAAUCCCAAGCCAUAUUCAACCAAAUUCCCCUCCCCCCACGCCACAGAAUUUUUACCAUUAAAUGACCUGAUCCAUGUGGUCUCACGCGACUGACACGCGGACACGUACCUUUUAGUGGUUUUGUUUUCACCCUCUUUCCGCAGAGUAUAACAAUAUUUUUAGAACAUUUUCGACGCAUCGUCGAAUCGUAUAUUCGUGGGAUUUGUUUUCCCAUCCGCUGUUGUCCUUAUUUUCCAAUCAAAUUUCCGACCAGCGAUCCCGGACGCGCCAUCGACUCAUACAUGCACGUGCAGAUCUCCGAAGAGGUACUGUAACGUGAAACAUCUGUAGAGUGCAUAAAUGUGAGAAUAAAUUAAGGGAACUGGUCCUAUCUUCGGAGAAAUGCGGCCGUAUACCUACACAGUCGCAGUGGACUCGUGGAGCUCGAGGACAUUGUUGCUGGUCGUCGCAGUGGUCGCCGUCAGCAGUUUUGACGUGCAAAAGGAUGGACCGGAGCCAGAGUUUUUGAAUCCCAUGGAAAAUGUCACCGUCGCAUUGGGGCGGGAAGCGAUACUGGUAUGCUCGGUGAAAAACAUCGGCGAACACAAAGUUGGCUGGUUAAAAGCAGAAGACCAGACCAUACUAAGUUUACACGAACGUGUGGUUACCGAAAACCGAAGGAUAGACAUAGAUGUGGAUAAUAACACAUAUUGGAGACUCAAGAUUCGGCAACUGCAAAGAUCCGACAAAGGAUGUUAUAUGUGUCAGAUUAACACUCAUGUUAUGAAGAAACAAAUUGGUUGUGUAGACGUAAAAGUUCCACCGGACAUCAAAGACGAAGAAACCAUAUCUGACGUCACUGUAAAGGAAGGUGAAAAUGCUACGUUGGCGUGCAAGGCCAAAGGCAAUCCACUACCGAGAAUAACUUGGAAACGAGAGGAUGGUGAAAAAAUAACUAUAAGAAACAAAUCGAAAAAAACAUUAUUGGAAAGGGUACGCGGAGAACCGCUGUUGCUCAACAAAGUAGACCGCAGUCAGAUGGGACAUUAUUUGUGCAUAGCAUCCAACGAUGUACCACCGGCUGUUAGCAAGAGGAUCACGUUAAACGUUAACUUUCCUCCAGUAGUCCGGGUGACGAAUCAGUUUGUUAGUGCACCACUUCAUACACAUGUACGACUGGAGUGUUCUGUAGAAUCGUUUCCCAAUUCUAUCAAUCAUUGGUCGGAUGAAAAAGGACAAAUGCUUUCUCAAGGGGCAAAGUACUACGUAGAAGAAGUUAAAACUAACUACAAAGUAAAUAUGUAUCUCAAUAUUCAGAAUUUGGAUAAAAAUGAUCUGGGAACAUACAUAUGUUUUGCGUCGAAUUCUAUGGGAAGCGCGAAUAGUUCAGUACGAGUGCACAAGAUAAUAUUGCCGACAACUACCGUUGCGCCAACUACAUCCACGACAACCGCCGCCACCACUACCACAACCACAACGACGUUACCGUCUACCACGAGGAUGGUCUCUAUCUCGACAGCGAUACCGUCACCCGCAACCAAAAGGAAGAGCCAUACAAUAUCAGGUGACCGUAAAUCUGGAGGCAAAACGGACGACAAGACCGGUUUGCGGAUGAACGGCGUCGAGUCGGCGGGCGAGAUGGAGACAAAAAGCAGUAGCCACCGGGCAAGCCGCGGUUCGAGUCGGGUCCGCCGGUCGACGGUCAGCCAAUCCGUGAGCAUCGCGGCUGAGUUGGCGUUCCUUGCAGCCGCCACUGCCAGCUGGUCGACCGGUUGUCCAGUGGACGCCGCCAUAGGAGGACUCGUGUCGCUGGCACUAGCCGUUUCGCCGCCACUGAUCCUGUGGCUCCUGAACUGAACCUCACAAGGAGGCCUACGGAUUCACUGAUGUCAUUACCGUCACACACGCAAAAAGGGCGUACACGUUCCGAGGGUUGAAAGAAACUUGAUCGGAAUUCGGGUCAUUACGUUCUUGUAAUCAUGUUUUUAUUUUCACCACCAUCCCCUAAACCGUAGAAAAAUACUGCGCACUACACCACUGGCCAUUAAACCUACGCCACCACAUUACCAUGACUGCAGAGUACCUAACAGCCAUGUUAUAUGCGGUUACCGACUGCUCACCUACCAAUCUACCAAUAAUAAUGAUACUAAUUAAAUUUCAUUAAGGCUGUGUUUGGGUAUGCGGUCGAAAACCGAAAUCGCGUGAUCACCAAUACGUACAGAAAUAACCUGGGCUGUAGUCACACGUGAUCAAAUCAUAAUUGCUUCCAUUUAAAGAGCAUUUUUUUACUAUCCAGAUAAAAUCCGUCAUUUUAAUUGAUUCAUUGUCACCAGUCAGAUUUUUAUAAUUUUUGGUUUAUACGAUUUAAGUUUUUCGAUUCGAAAUAUUAACAAUCACAUUACCGCUUGACAUGUCAACAUUAAUAAGCCUUAAAUAAUUAUAAUUAAUUAAGAAGUAACUUAAAUGUACUUGGUUUCAUAAAUUCAAAAGGCAAGAGUUAACUCUUGAUUUUUUUUUAAAUUUGAAAGUUGGAUAAAAAGAUAAGGAAACACGAAAAUGGUUAUUUUUUAACGCCUAAAGUCUUAUACCAUCGUAUGUGAUCGUUUGUUACGAACCAAUAUGUAACCAAUAAAACUGAAACCUUGUCAAAAUUUUACCGGUACAUUGUAACCGAUUCAAUAACUUAGAAAACUUGUUAAUCGUUAUGUCCGUCAAAAAAACUUUCACUGGUGAUUGGAACAAAUGAAACGUUUAAGUGUCGCACAGUACAUCUGUUAUUUUUGUUCUGUAUGUUUCAUCAUAUUUUCUGACUAAUUGUUAUAAUCCAAUAUUAACCUUUGACAAAACUAACAAAAACUUAAGCGCAAUAAAUUCCUAUAACGAUUGAGAAUAAAAUUGCUCAAACGUAAUCGUAAAAAAUGUCCAAUUUACGACACGGUUUUUUUUUGCCUUUUUAUCGAGUAACAUAAUAAUUUUGUUUCAUAAUUACACCGAAUUGUAUUGAAUUCGUAUAACAUUCCUUGACAAACGUUUUUACUAAAAGUCUUAAAUGUUCAUUAAAUGUUUUCCCAUAUCUUAGAGAAUUACCAAAUAUUUUAUUUGUUAUUGUUUUGAAUUUUGAUAAUGUACAAAAAUAUAAAGUUAAGAACUGUACCAUGUGUAAAUACCAUAUCAAUGUUAUACCUGUAUUGUAUUAUUUAGCCGGAACUUUAUUAAUAAUCAUUACUAUUUACUAUACGUGAAUUAU